AUGUUGAGUCUCCAAGGACCGCCCGCCCGGCGCUACAUCGCCCUCGCCGUCUUCUUCCUGCUGGCCAUUAUCCUCUGGCAAGGCUUCACACCGUCUCGUCUGGCGCUCAAAUCUCCCGCCAGCAGUCACGGCAUUCACUACGUACCCAGCACCACUGACUGGAGCAAAGCCAAAAUAUUCUUCCCGCCCAACAACACCGUCCCACUGCCGUCGGGGAAGCCCAAGACUCUACCUCGCGUACAAGCCCGAGCGACUGCUCAAGGAAAGGAUGGCGUUUCGAAAACCCGAAAGGAGGCCGUGAAGAAGGCCGUUGUCAAGAGUUGGAAUGCGUAUAAACAAUAUGCCUGGGGCCAGGACGAGUUGAUGCCGCUCUCUGGUAAAGGCAAGACGACCUUUUCUGGAUGGUCAGCGCAGCUGGUCGACGCUCUUGAUACACUGUGGAUCAUGGGCUUGAAAGACGACUUCUACCAAGCUGUCAAGGAAGUUGCCAAGAUAAAUUGGUCCAAAAUUGAUGGCGGUACCAUCAACGUCUUUGAAGUGACGAUUCGGUAUCUGGGAGGUUUGCUGUCCGCCUACGACCUCUCCGGUGAAAAGGUGCUUCUCAAAAAGGCUAUCGAACUUGGUGAUGCACUGUACAUGGCAUUUGAUACCCCGAACCGCCUGCCGACCCAUUGGCUUAGCUACAGCAAGGCAGAGAGGGGGGAGACAACCGGUGAUGUGAGCAUCUCUGGAGCGGCCAGCGGAUCUCUCUGCGUCGAAUUCACCCGUCUCAGUCAGAUUACGGGAGAUAACAAGUACUACGAUGCGACAGAGCGAGUGAAGCAGUUCUUUUAUGAGACGCAAAACCACACCAAAGCACCUGGUCUGUGGCCGUGGGAUAUGAAUUUCCGAACCGGCAAGAUUGAGGAUGGCUUCUUCACGUUUGGAGCUGGUGCUGACUCGCAGUACGAGUAUCUGCCCAAGAUGCACGCUCUCCUGGGUGGCCUCGACCCAGAAUAUGUAGAAAUGACAAUCACAUCCCUGGAUGCCGGCCGGGACAAGCUGCUUUUCAAGCCAAUGACCCCCAAGGACGAAGACAUCCUCAUGGCAGGCAACCUGGACACCUUCACGGGUAAUCGGGAGAAGACGGCGCAAAUGCAGCACCUGACGUGCUUUGCCGGCGGAAUGUACGCUCUCGCUGGCAAACUCGUCGAGCGCAAGGACUAUGUCGACCUGGGCGCCCGUCUUACGGCCGGCUGCGUCUGGGGCUACGACUCGUUCCCGACGAACAUUAUGCCCGAGUCAACCGAGUUGAUCAGGUGCGAAAAGAUUGACAAACCUUGUCCCUACCAGGCGGACUUGUUCUCAGGCAGGACGAGUGACACUAUUCCGGGCGGAUUUGUGCGCGUCGAAGAUCCCAAGUACAUGGGGCGGCCUGAGGCUAUCGAGAGCGUGUUUUACAUGUGGCGCGUGACAGGGGAUUCUGUCUGGCGCGAUGCAGCAUGGAGAAUGUGGGAGGGCAUAGUGAAGGAGACGGAGACGGAGUUGGCGUUUGCUUCUAUAACGGAUGCCACUACUCAUGGGAGUUCCAAGACUGAUUCCAUGGAGACAUUCUGGAUUGCCGAAACAACCAAGUAUUUCUAUCUUACGUUCGCGGACGAAAGCGUCAUUAACCUCGAUGAAUGGGUCUUCAACACGGAAGCCCACCCUGUGAAACGGCCAGUCGCAUAA